CCAGACAAAACGACCGCCUUCGAUUCUAGAGGAAGAAGAACAACACAAAGCUUCCCGAAGGGCAUUUCCCGUUUCCCUCAUCAGUCUUCUUGCUUUCAGCGCUCUACUGAAGCUACUACUUACUACUCUCUGCUUCCGGCCAUGGAUCCUGAUCCUGCUCAGUUGCUCCAAUGCGCGACCGACUUCGCGCAAUAUCCCGGCACUCAAACCGACGCCGCCGCGAGGGAGCUCCUCCACCGUUUCCCGCUCCCCGUCAUUCUCAGCGUUUUGCAGAGCCGAACGGACUCUCCGCCUGGAUUGGAGGACGCUUUGGUUGCUUGUUUGGAGAGGCUGUUCUCGACUAGAUAUGGAGCGUCUUUCAUCCCGCAAUACAUGCCUUUUCUGCAGAUGGCGUUGAGUGCCGAUGCUGAGAAAAUCAGACGCCUGGGUUGCAAAACGGUUGCUUAUCUGUUGGAGAAAUCUUGCGAAGAAGGAAUCGCGUCGCCUGAACAGUUGAUUAUUGAUCAUGGAAUAUAUCCCCUUCUGCUUGAUUGUCUCAUCAACGGUGUAAGGGUUAAUUGCAUAACGUCAUGGAGGUGGUGCAAUUUUGUCAUAUUUGCUAAAACUUUGCAGGAGAUCAUUUUCCCGUCCAACAAUGGUGAAGCAACACAUCUGAGGAAUCUGUUGGUCCGAUGUUCAUCAUUGGGUCGUGUACGAGUUUUGUCUUUGAUAGUUAAGCUAUUCGCUGUUUCCCCUAGUGUGGCUUCAGCAGUUUACAGCUCCAAUCUUCUUGGCUUAUUGGAAGCGGAAAUCAACAAUUCAAGUGACAUGCUUGUAACUUUAAGUGUCUUGGAGCUUUUUUAUGAGUUGGCUGAAGUUGAGCAUGGGACAGAACUCUUGUCCAGGACAACUCUUAUCCAGUUACUUACUCGUAUGAUUAGUGAUGUUACAAUGGACACAAUUCUAAGAUCCAGAGCAAUGAUGAUUAGUGGGCGGGUUUUGUCAGCGGAUGAUGCAUUCAAGUUCUGCGAUGAAUCGGAAUCAGGUGUGAAAUCCCUUAUUUUGGCUAUUGAAGGAAGGCUUCUUGCUGAAACUCUGGAUGCUAAUGAGUGUGAAUCUGCACUUGAAGCACUGGGCCAAAUUGGAUCAUCCGUCCCAGGAGCAACAUUAAUACUCACCUUAUCACCACCUCCAGCAAGACAUGUCAUUGAUGCUGCAUUCAAUAGGCAAGUGCAUGGUAAACAAUUGGCUGGGCUCCACUCAUUUGCAAACAUUUCAGGGGAAACUCGGCCCGAGAACAAUAGGAUUCUGAGCGCUGUUGCAGAAGACAAUCUUAAACGACUGAUGUAUGAGAUUGCAUCAAGGAGUUCAAAACUGACUCCAUCCGGACUUCUGCUCUCUGUUCUUCAACAAGAUUCAGAAGUUCGUUUAGCUGCCUACAGAGUGAUUACCGGGCUAGUAGCUCGGCCAUGGUGUCUGAUGGAGGUUUGCUCGAAACAAGAUGUAAUUAACAAAGUGACUGAUCCAAGUACAGAGUCCACAAAAGGAGGCAUGGAAGCCAAGUAUAAAUGCUGCAAGGCAAUCUACGAAGCUUUCUCGGUCAGAUUCAGCAGCAACCCUGCGUUUUCUGGAAUAGCUGCCAAGUUGCAAGAAGCUGUUGAUAGGGGGCCGUACCUCACACGCAAGAACCGCGAAUCCCAACCCGCCGUAAUGACUGCAGAUCGACUCUGAUCUUCCGUUGAAGCUGCCAGUGACUUGCGUGUUUGUUCCGACGGUAGAAAUCUCUAACGUAAUAGGUUGUAGAAAUGUAGGGGAGAUGACAACAGUUGGAUGAUGAAGUGUAGUAGAAACGUUUGUUGUUUGCGUGAGUGAUCCUUUGUGGUGGUUUGUAUUUGUAAGCUUCCGUAAACUGCUAUUUUCAAAUUUCAAGUGAGUUGCAACUUUUACAUUGCCUUGUCAUCAUUUAUGUGGCCGAACUAUCCGGGCAGGUCUCAACUUACCUGGGCUCAUAAACGGCACAAAGAGUAGUCUGAUGUGGGAAGUUGGGCCUAAAUUGCUAAUAGGGUUCAUCAAAUAUCGGCUUAAUUGCAAGUUUGGUCACUCGAAUUGCUAUAAAAUUUCA